AUGGCUGUGUCCAGACAGCCGCUUCAGCCACAGCUACAAGGUUUAUUUAGCUUUCAGACGAGAGCAGAACAGUCCCAAGGUGCCUACUUCUUGCCCGAAUUUGCACUCUCUCCACAAGGAAGUUUCUUGGAAGACACUGCGGGAGAACAGUUCCUUACCUACCGCUACGAUGACCAGACUUCAAGAAUUCCCCAGUUGGAUGAUGCUAAAGAAGGCGGCUGGGAUGCCUGGGGAGCCUGGAGUGAGUGCUCACGAACCUGCGGAGGAGGCGCAUCCUAUUCUCUGAGAAGGUGUUUAAAUGGCAGGAACUGUGAAGGCAGGAAUAUCCGAUACAAAACCUGCAGCAAUAACGACUGCCAAUCAGAUGCUGGCGAUUUCCGGGCUCAGCAGUGUUCAGCCUACAAUGACGUCAAGUACCAGGGGCAUUUUUAUGAAUGGGUCCCUGUUUAUGAUGAUGCCAGCUCUCCCUGUGCCCUGAAGUGCCAAGCCUUGGGCCAACAGUUGGUAGUGGAGUUGGCCCCCAAAGUUCUGGACGGGACCCGCUGCAAUGCUAAAUCCCUGGACAUGUGCAUCAGUGGAAUUUGCCAGGCAGUCGGCUGCGAUCGGCAACUCGGGAGCCAUGCCAAGGAAGACAACUGUGGCGUCUGUGCAGGCGAUGGUUCAACGUGCAGGUUGGUGCGAGGGCAAACUAAGAUGCAUUUCUCAGCAGAAAAAAGGGAGGAAACUGCAAUUGCUGUUCCAUACGGAAGUCGCAGUGCAAGAAUUACCGUGAAGGGGCCGGCACACCUUGUGAUUGAGUCAAAGACAUUGCAAGGAGACAGCGGAGAAUACAGCUUUGGAGUCCCCGGAGCGUUUAGCAUCGAAAACACCACGGUUGAAUUUCAAAAGGGCUCAGAAAGAGAAACUAUCAAAAUCCCCGGUCCCCUUGGUGCAGAUUUUAUCAUAAAGGCCAGGUAUACUUCCCCCAAGGACAGCGUGGUUCAGUUCUUCUUCUAUCAACCCAUAAGUCAUCAGUGGAGACAAACUGAGUUCUUCCCUUGCACUGUGACAUGCGGAGGAGGUUAUCAGCUGAAUUCUGCAGAGUGCGUAGAUAUCCGUUCAAAGCGUGUCGUGCCAGAUCAGCAGUGCCAUUACUACCCAGAAAACAAGAAACCAAAGCCAAAACUGAAAGAGUGCAACAUGGAUCCCUGUCCGUCAAGUGAUGGAUUCAAAGAAAUCAUGCCCUAUGAUCACUUCCAGCCUCUUCCUCGCUGGGAACACAACCCAUGGACUUCAUGUUCUGUUUCAUGCGGAGGUGGGAUUCAGAGGAGAAGUUUUGUGUGCGUGGAGGAGACUAUGCACGGAGAGGUCUUACAAGUCGAGGAGUGGAAAUGCAUGUAUGCCCCCAAACCAAAAACCAUGCAAGCCUGCAACCUGUAUGAUUGCCCUAAAUGGAUAGCUUUGGAAUGGUCACAGUGUACUGUGACAUGUGGCCGAGGGUUACGUUAUCGAGUAGUGUUGUGCAUUGAUCAUCGCGGACAGCACACUGGUGGCUGCAACCCCCAACUUAAGCUGCACAUCAAAGAAGAGUGUAUUGUGCCAGUUCCUUGUUACAAGCCCAAAGAGAAGAGCCCCAUUGAAGCGAAGGUCCCUUGGUUCAAGCAAGCGCACGAAGUGGAGGAGAUCAGGACUGUGUCUGAAGAGCCCAUGUUUAUUCCUGAGCCGUGGUCCCCUUGCAGUGCUUCUUGUGGCCACGGCGUUCAGGUGCGUGGCAUGAAGUGCCGUAUUUACCUCGCAUUUACUCAGACGGAAGUGGAGCUGCCCGAUGAAGAGUGUGAGGAGCCCAAACUGGAGACUGAACGUAGUUGUCACCUGGAGCCCUGUGAUGGUGAUCCUGUCCCAUUCCUUCCAGAUUUGUCACCUCCUGAAGAUGCCGGUGAUGUUGUCUACGACUGGGAAUACAUCGGAUUUACCCCGUGCUCAGCUACAUGUAUUGGAGGGACUCAGGAAGCCAUUGCAGUGUGUUUACAUGAACAGACAAAGCAAACGGUAAAUGAGAGCUUAUGCGACAGAUUCAAAAGACCUCCAGCCAUGAGUCGUGCGUGCAAUACAAGGCCUUGCCUUCCAAGGUGGCAGGUAGGACCAUGGAGACGGUGUUCAGCCACUUGUGGCGUUGGGAUCCAGACAAGAGAAGUGCACUGCCAGCAACCGGGGGGAUCGGUUGUGAACUCUGGAAGCUGCAACGACAAGAAGCCUCAUGCUUUGCAAGCUUGCAACCAGAUUGAUUGCCCGCCAGUUUGGCACGUUGAAGCAUGGGAACAGUGUUCUCACACCUGUGGUGGAGGCACCCAGAACCGCCAAGUGACUUGCCAGCAGUUGCGGAUGGAUGGGAGCUUUUUGAAACUUCCCGAUGAGAGCUGCCAUGAACCUAAGUUGUCUACGCACAAACCAUGCGCAAAAACAGAUUGCCCUCCUCAGCUGGUUCUGGAAGAGUGGUCCAGGUGUUCUGUAAGUUGUGGUGUUGGGACACAAAGAAGGAAAUCCAUUUGCCGAAAGUUGACAGCCAAAGGCCAGCAUCUUGCAUUGAAUGCAUCCAUGUGUGGCAUCCCAGCGCUCGUAAGGCCCUGUCACAUGCCUGCCUGCAACAAGAUGAAGCAAGAAACAAAAUCUAAACUUUUCGGAAAGUAUGCACCUCCUGGGCCACAGAUUCUUGGCAUCUCCAGAGUCUACAUACAGACCAGGCAAGAGAAACGCAUUGCUUUCACUAUCGGAAGCCGAGCAUAUCUGCUUCCCAAAACAUCCGUCAUCAUCAAAUGCCCAGUCCGAAGAUUCCAGAAGUCUCUUAUCCAGUGGGAGAAAGAUGGGCAGCAUAUUCAAAUCUCUAAGAGGCUUGGUGUCACCAAAUCAGGGUCACUCAAGAUCAACAGUCUCGAGGCUUCGGAUAUUGGAGUGUACAAGUGUGUUGCAGGCUCCGUACAGGAAGUGUUUAUCCUGAAACUCAUUGGCACAGACAACAAGCUCAUAGAACCACCCACUUUUAGAAAGCCUACCGAUGGGAGCAGCAGCACCGAACAUAACGAAGCCAACAGGUUUGGAGCAAAGUGGCAUAAAAUGAACCAGAUGUGGCAACUGUGGAGCCAGAAGAGUGAGCAGUAUGUGGGCGACGGCCAAGUCAAUGACCAGCCUUCCCUGCAACGUCUUGAAGUUCAUGCAAAAAAUUCGGCGGAAGAAUAUGACUCCCGUGAAUUCAGAAACAAACGACUGGAGGCCUCUGUCCUUCCUGGGGCUUACAGUAUGGAUACAGUACAUUUUGAGGAGCUGAUUAAGAAUCUGAGUCAUCUUGUCGAGGCCGGAGAACUCAACGACGACUUGGUUUCCCAACUCAUCUAUCAGUUGAUUGCCGAAGUGGCCAAACCUCCACAAGUUAUUGCUGAAAAACCAAAGGAGCCGCAAGAAGAGAUGUUACCGUCUCGGAAAGCUGGCAAAUCUCCAGAUCUGUUUGACAAUCUCAGCACAAAGCCUCAGGGCAAUUCUGUGACAACCAACCAAAAGAUCCCGGUUAUUGUAAAACCGAGAGAAGGGCCAAAGGUGUAUUCAAACAAAACGAUCACUGUCCAUGUUGGGAGUACCCUUUUUCUGACAAAGGACGUCCAGGUCAUCAGUUUACUUUGCGAAACAGUUGGGGUUAGCAACCUUAAUUACAUUUGGACAAAAGAUGGAACAGACUUAACGUUAUCUGAAAAAGUGGUUAUGGAAGCCAGUAACAAAAUCCAAAUCUUGAAUCCCACCAGGAAAGAUAUGGGGAUUUAUCAGUGCACAGUGAAGAAUGACUUUGGUUCUGAUACGGGAACAUCUUCCCUGUUUUAUGCAGAACCUCCUGCCAUAUUGUCUUCAGUAAGGAAUAUCACAACCUUUGCACUUCAGAACAUUUCGGCAGUAGUUGGAGGUACUAUCCUGGCAAGAACGGGAGUAAACAUUACGCUGAAAUGUCCAGUGAAAGGUCGUCCCCAGCCGGAGAUGAUGUGGUUGAAGAAAAGAGUUUCUCCAAGAGGCCGUUUUUUAAGAGUGGAGAAUGGCUCGUUGCUCCUGAACAACGUUUCCUGCGACGAUGCCGGCGCCUACACUUGCACAGCCAGCAACGCUCUGGGACGAGCUCUAGCCACAACUAUUAUUCAACUGACUGAUCAGAACUGUCAGGAGCCUAAUAAUGGGACAUCUAUGGAUCGUAGGAGAAAGCGUGUCCUCAUGGCAUCUGGGAUUGGUACCAACAUUACCGCCGUGCCUGGAGCUCUAUUACGGAUAGGUUGUCCAGUGUAUCCUUCUAGAAAGAACACAAUUCGCUGGUUCUUUAGAAAUCAACCAGUUGAAGAAAUUCAAGGCAUCACGUACAGAACCCUGGUCCACGGGCGCAUCCUGGAAGUGAAUUUUGUGUCUGACCGUUUUGCCGGGCAGUACAGAUGUGGGACUUCGUCAAGUGCCAAGCCGUUGUCAGUCUGGGUGAAUGUCAAAAAAGAAGAAUAUAAGUGGAAGCUUGGGGAGUGGAGUCCUUGCUCUGCUACUUGUGGAAAUUCUGGGACACAGUUCCAAAGGAUCCAAUGUGUAAAUGAGAAGGAACAGAAGGUGAACAGGUCAUUGUGCAAAGAGAGUGUGAAGCCAGUUGUAAGCUAUCGGCCUUGCAACAUCCAUGAUUGUCCUCCAAGAUGGGCAACAAGUGCAAGGUCUGAGUGCUCUGCUUUAUGUGGCAAUGUACUUUCCCAGCGGCAAAGAGUCUGCAAACAAGUCAAAGCCAAUGGCACUGUUAGGACGUUGCCUCCAAGCAGCUGCAUAGACAGAGAGCACCCUUUGGAAAAGAAGCCUUGCGUGGGUCGUUCUUGUACAGAAUGGAUCGUUCAUGCAUGGGGCCAGUGCACGGGUCACUGCAUAGGCCAUGGAGUAGGCCUGCAACACCGUCUCCUUCAAUGUCAGCACCGGAACGGAUCCAUGGUAUCCAACUCACUGUGCGAUGCUCGGAAAAGGUACAGUUACCACUGGACAAGAAGCCCUUUGACAAAAUUUAGCUGUUUUCCAUUGUGCCGUCACACCCAGACGCCUUAAAAACAAAACUGCGAUGUGCUGCUCUCUGUCUGGGCAGACUGCUGGGAUCUUUCUUUAAAAGCUCGAACUUUCUGAGUAACUGAGUCCACUCCAGGUAUGAAAUAGCACACAGGGUAUUUAUUAACAAAGUCUUUGUAGACUUGGCAAGGCUUAUCAACGUUACAAGCAAUCAAGCGUAGAGAUGAGCUUUGUUGCAUUCAGAAAUUGAGUUAGCUUUUUUCCAAAAGGCAUAGUGAAUUCUGAAAUUCUUCUACCCUAACCCUGAGACCCUAUGGUUGGAAA